AGUCGCAGUGUCAUACGAUAAGUAAUCCGUACGAGACCUCAUUUAAAUUCUAGCCCGCCGUAAUAGAUCGAUUGAUAUUUGGUACUCUACAAAUGUCGUCACAGAAGGUUAUAGUGUAAUCAACUAGUCGAUUUUUAAAUCAAGAACACCACCAUAUUUUUGACGAUAUUAUAUUAUAUAAAUACACGGCUUAGAAGAUCGAAAUAAAUUAUUAUUAUGGACUUGACGAUAGUGGAUGAUCCAAUAACGUACCUGUGCAAUGCGUCCAGAAGUUUCGCUCUUUUGAAUAACUGCGUGUGUUACAGUCUCUGUUACCUCUAUGUAUAUUACGGUAGACAGUAUUUUCAGAAUUACAACCUCCAAUUAAACACAGAUUUCAUUAACAGUCUGACACUAUUCUUCAAGAACGUGAAUACAGCAGAAAAAAUGUACUUUUUGCUUUCCACGUGUUUGUUGGUGUUGAUGAUAUUAAUGAUUUUUGCCAAUCAUAAAUUCAGAUCUAAAUUUAAACCCAACGUAUUCACGAUCAAGCUAUGGUUAAUAGUACACGGAGUGGUUUUUUAUUUCGUUCUCGUCUCUUUCAUUAUACCGUCAAUAACUACGAUAACGAAGAAGUACGAUGUGUUGCUGGUUGGAAUUAUAACCGACGCGAUUUUAGCUUAUGAAAUGUAUGUGGUCAAAUGUCUGUACAAUGAAGUACGUCUUCAGAACAUGUCCGUUUUUGAUCUGAUCAACUUCACUUCUAUGCGACACUCGGCACAGUCCACAUAUCAAAGUUCUCAUUUAGCGGCGAUUUAUUCGACCAUGGCGCUUAUUAUGUGGUACUUUUUGUGGAUAUUUUUUAUACUCAGAAAACGGAUGAAUCCCAAGCCACCGAAUAAUAUGUCCAUACAGGAUAGAACAUCAAAUACUGGGAAUAAGGAUUAUACAAGUGUAUACUGUACAUAGAUAAUUAAUAAUUAUAUUAUAGGAUAGUAAAUUAUGUUGGUAUAAUAGAUAGAAAUCACAAAUAUUAAUUAUUUUAUAAUAUUGUGUAAUUAAACUGUCAAACUUUUCAAUUUAUUUUUGUCAACAAAGAUUAUGAGCUUAUUUCGUGGACAAUAAAAUAAUUAAAAAAAAUAUACCACCAAACUAAAAUAUUAUAAAUCGUAUAGAGUUGUCGUUGUAUAUAAGUAUAUUCAAUUAUUAUAUUAUUCAUGUUUCAUAUACGAUAUACUACUUAAAAUAAUAUACAAAAAUACGAUUGUAUUUAAAGUUUUUACCAGAAAAGAAUAUUAAUUUCGUCCGUAUUACUGUAUUAGGCACAUACUAUCAAAAAAAAAACAUUUUAAUUUUGACUUCAAAAAUUUUGUUUUAUUAAAACUAAAAAUCUAUGUAUAAUGUAUUCUGCAUAUAUAUUAUCUAGGUAUACAUAUAACGAAUUUUACGAAGAUGGUUACGACCCGAUUGAGCAUAAAACACCUUUUUAAAAACAUGAUUGAGAAAAUGUUUUGUUUUAUAAAAGUGUCAACAUCCAAUUUGCCUGUCUAAUAAAAUAAUUUGUAAAUUGUCUUUAUAUCCUCCAUAUUAAAAAAAAAAAUAAUACAUUAAAUUUAAUAUGUUUUGAUACAUUGUAAAUUUAUAUGUGAAGAAUUCAAUGAUCUCACUGAUUAUCCUUAAACUAAAUUAUUUAUUUCUAUAAUAAUUUUCAGAUAACACUGUGAUACUGAUACAGCUAAAUCAUCAAUCGAGCAGACGAUAAUCGUUUAUCAAAAUGAAUAAAUCACGCGUUUAUUUAGUAUCAGAAAUUACUUAUUUAAAUGACUAAUGCCCUAUUCGACGUCACAAUGUGACAACAUUGGUUAAAAUAAUCUAAGCUUAAUCGUUGUACGUCGUUGAUUAAAAAGAUGCGUACAUGUUCAAUCUGCGAUCGUAUUAAUUAUAUUAUGUUCAACGGUUCAACCAUAUAACUU